UCAUUGGCAGCAGAGAACUGGAAAGAGAGGCGGCCAAAGAAAGAAUUGGUUUUGGGGGUGACUAGAGAGAUAUACCUGCUGGAGCGUGUGCUAUGAAAGUAAAUAGAGCCAAAUAUAUCCAUAAAAGUCACUUGUCCUAGAGAUAUUUACACGGUUAUCAAAAACGUCACGCAAGGGUAAGCCUACACCAAACACAGCUCUUAUUUUAAGUGUUUCCAGAAUCCCUUAUGGGAGAAAAAUUAAUUGUGGAAAAACGACUGGACCCAUUUCCCUGUUUGACCGCUAGGUUUUAUGGGUAAUUAUGACUCAUACUGUGGUACUCUAUGGAAAUAUGCCUAAUGACUUCCAUACAAAAGUUCCUCGCUUCUUGGGGUUUAUUUUCGUUGAAACAAAUUUUGGGCGGAGUAAAAUCUUUCGCCUCGCCUCUUCCUCUACCCAGACAACGGAUAGCCAAUCGCAUCAUCAAUCAUGUUGAGCCAACACUUCCGCUUUCUUCUACGCUACGGAAAAGUGUUUUUCGGUAGCUAGGUAAACAACAUGGCUGCGGGAUCCAGCGGUGCGGGCAUCGAGCUACAGAAAGAGUUGAUUUGUGCCAUCUGUCUUGACUACUUCAACGAACCGGUCAUUCUCAAAUGCGGACACAAUUUCUGCAAAUUCUGCAUCCUGAUGCAUUGGGAGGAGAACGGAGGAGAGGACGUCGGUUAUCAAUGCCCAGAGUGCCGAAUGAUAUUUAACAAGAUCAGCUUCACCAAGAACUACCUGGUUAAGAACCUUGUUGAUAAGCUGAGUGGGUUGGAGUGUCUGAAGCCCUGUGAGCAGCCGGCUCCAUCCAAGCGUUUCCAAAUAGAUGGGAAAUGCGACAGGCAUGGAGAGGAGCUGAAGCUCUAUUGUCACACUGACAACAAACCCAUCUGUGUGGUGUGUAGGGAGUCCCGGGCACACAGACACCAUGAUGUGGCUCCUGUUCCAGAGGUCCUUGAGGAUAUGAAGAGCGAACUGCGUCUGAGGCUGGUGGAAUUAACAUGGCAGAAGACGGUGUGUACCAGAGUGAAGGCUAUGGAUGAGCAGACCAAGAAUGAAGCCAAGUUAAAGAAGCUGAAGCUGAAGGAGAAGAUUGAAGAGGAUGUGGGAUCUCUAGUCCAGUUUCUGUUGGAUGAGAAGGACGACCUACUGGAGGCUCUGGAUGCUGAGGAGGGGACUGUCAUAGGGAUGAUAGAUGACAACCUGAGGUGGGUGGAGACCGAGGUGGUAGCUGUGGACAAACACAUGGCCCAGAUACACAACCACAUCAGAGGAAACACCAGCUUCGAGAGCAUCACUGAGACAUACAACAACCCUCUAAAGGUGAGCCCUCUCAUCUCAUCUGUUAACUGUUCUGGUGACUGGAUGAAUGAGUUCUCUGGACCCCAUCAGCUGAUCUUGUGGAAAAGGAUGAUGCACGUGUUGCACACCAUGCCCCAGAACCUGACCCUGGACCCAGACACGGCUCACCCUAACCUGGCCAUCACAGACUUCGACACCAAGGUAGAGGAGGUGCGUACCCGUAGCCAGGAACCAGACCUGCCUCAGCGCUUCACUCGCUUCUGUGGCAUUCUGGCCACCGCACAAUACUCCAGCGGACAACACUACUGGGAGGUGGAUGUGAAGGACAAGGGCGUAUGGUACCUGGGGGUGACAGGGGAGUACAGUCCCAGGAAGGGUUUCGUCAACCUGUGUCCAUCCUCCGGCUACUGGAGCCUCAGUCUGCAGGACAGGCUAUAUGCUAACGAGGAGGAUGCCAAGAUACCUCUGGCCGACUACUGGAACUCCCCGAGGGUGGGCGUGUACCUGGACUACGACGCAGGACGCGUGUCCUUCUACGACGCAGUCACCAUGAAGAAGUUGUACAUGUUUGAGGCGUACUUCGAAGAGCCGGUAUCUCCUUUCUUCAGCCCAGGGAAGAACGAUCCUGGGAGCAGACUGCAGAUCUGUCAUUACUACUGAGAUGGCGGGGGGAGGGGAGGUGCCUGGGUAGAAGUUUUAGGCCUACAGCCAACUCUGAGUGUGUGUGGCUACUCAUUACAGAUUCACUCUUGAUGACAGCAAGGAGGGGGGGGUGUGUGUGUGCCUGGGUAGAAGAUGAGGCCUAUAGCCAACCUUGAGAGUGAGUGUGUGUGUGUGGCUACUCAUUCCAGAUCCACGAUUGAUGAUCAACCAUUCCAGCUGUGGCUUUGUGCCCGAGCCCCUGGAGUGUUCUAGAAUGGUACUAAUUCUACUGUGGCUUUGUGCCCAAGCCCCUGGAGUGUUCUAGAAUGGUACUGAUUAUACUGUGGCUUUAUGGUACUGAUUCUACUGUGGCUUUGUGCCAGAGCCCCUGGAGUGUUCUAGAAUAGUACUGAUUCUACUGUGGCUUUGUGCCAGAGCCCCUGGAGUGUUCUAGAAUGGUACUGAUUAUACUGUGGCUUUAUGGUACUGAUUCUACUGUGGCUUUGUGCCCAAGUCCCUGGAGUGUUCUAGAAUGGUACUGAUUCUACUGUGGCUUUGUGCCCAGGCCCCUGGAGUGUUCUAGAAUGGUACUGAUUCUACUGUGGCUUUGUGCCAGAGCCCCUGGAGUGUUCUAGAAUGUUACUAAUUCUACUGUGGCUUUGUGCCAGAGCCCCUGGAGUGUUCUAGAAUGUUACUAAUUCUACUGUGGCUUUGUGCCAGAGCCCCUGGAGUGUUCUAGAAUGUUACUAAUUAUACUGUGGCUUUGUGCAAGAGCCCCUGGAGUGUUCUAGAAUGUUACUAAUUCUACUGUGGCUUUGUGCUAGAGCCCCUGGAGUGUUCUAGAAUGUUACUAAUUCUACUGUGGCUUUGUGCCAGAGCCCCUGGAGUGUUCUAGAAUGGUACUGAUUCUACUGUGGUGGGGGUUCCAGAGUGUCUUGUUCAAUUGUGAUUGUAGAAUUUCUAAAAUGGAAACAUUUAAAAUGAAAGACUCCCUUGGUGGUUGUGUGUGGCACCACAGGGACUCGUUGUAACUAAUGCAUGACAUCACGUUGGCAAGACAGUUGCCUUUCUCCUAAAGGACACCAAGACACGGCCUUGUGCCGUUAGUCAGCUGCAGAGUGUGACCGUUUCAACGUGUUGAAUCGUCUGCAAAGUGAAAAUGACAGCCAAUAUCCUGGUCAGAGGAUUCUGGUUCUAACCACUGGACUUUACGGCGUGGUCUGACCUCUAAAAGCUGUGAUAGGAAGUGCAUGCAUCUCAUAUGGCACCCUAUUCCCUAUAUAGUGCACUACCAGGGUCCAUAGGACUCUGGUAGAAAGUAGUGAACCAUAUUUAUUUAUUUAUUUAUUUAUUUAUUUAACUAGGCAAGUCAGUUAAGAACAAAUUCUUAUUUUCAAUGACGGCCUAGGAACAGUGGGUUAACUACCUGUUCAGGGCCAGAACGACAGAUUUGUACCUUGUCAGCUCGGGGGUUUAAACUUGCAACCUUCCGGUUACUAGUCCAACGCUCUAACCACUAGGCUACCCUGCCGCCCCAUAUAAGGGAAUAGGGUGUGUGGUCAUACUGUACCAUAGUAGUGGACAUAACAGCACUUCAGUCACGCCUGCUCCUACAGACAGUCAUUAGAGGUGUUAGUACCCUACUACAGACACAGCACGUGUCCCCAAUAGCACUCUGUACCAUAUACAGUGUACCACUUAUGUCAAAAUCAGAUCACUAUAUAGGACAGGGAUUCCCAAACUCGAUACUCGGGUACACGUUUUAGUUAGUUGUUGUUGUUGUUGAGAAGUGCUGUUAUGUCCACUACUAUGGUACAGUAUGACCACAUACCCUAUUCUCUUUAUAUGGUGCCACUACUUUCUACCAGACUUCUAUGGACCCUGGGUAGUGCACUAUAUAGGGAAUAGGGUGCCAUAUGAGAUGCAUCCAUAGUUGAUGUGCAGAAACGGAGGACUGCUCUGAAUUUCCUAAAACGGAGAGUGCAUGUAACUGCCAAAAUAAAGGAAACUCAAACACAGUGUGUUAAUAGGGCAUUGGGGCCACCAGAACAGCUUCAAUGUGUCUUGGCACCGAUUCUACCGGAGUCUGGAACUCUACUGGAGGGAUGUGACACCAUUCUUCCCCCGGGAAAUUCCAUCAUUUGGUGUUUUGUUGAUUGGUGGUGGAAAACACGGUCUCAGGCGCCACUCCAGAAUCUCCCGUAAGUGUUGAAUUGGGUUGAGAUCUGGUGACUGACACACACCUUUUUAAACCCCCUAUGUUCCUAUGAGACCCCUCUUUUAAAUCACUGAGAUCUUUUUUUUCUUGUAGCCAAAGUAUCAGGGUAUUUUUAUACAUGAACAUAACCAUUAUGGGAUGUCAAUUGCUUAACUCAGGAACCACAUCAUGUGUGAGAAGCGCCUGCUUUCAAUAGACGUUGUAUCCCUCAUAUACUCGAGGGUUUCCUGUUUAUUAUGGCAGGUGCCUGUACGGUACAUACUCUGUACCAUUACAUUGACUAUUAAUGGGUCCUGUUAUUUGUUGUCAAUAACAUUACAUCCUGUUUAUUGUUGUCAAUAACAUUACAUCCUGUUUAUUGUUCAAUAACAUUACAUCCUGUUUAUUGUUCAAUAACAUUACAUCCUGUUUAUUGUUGUCAAUAACAUUACUUCCUGUUUAUUGUUCAAUAACAUUACAUCCUGUUUAUUGAUGGUUGUGAAUAAUCUUGUUUUAUUUUAAUAGUCUAUUUUAGAUUAAGUUUUUAACCUGUGUGUAGUUUUUGGUUCAUCGUCAUUUCGUAAAUGUUUAACCAAUUCCAUUGUAAAGUGCUGACACUGGGCCAUGUUCAGUUGCCAAACUUUCUCGAACAUUGCAGAUCUGCCAUGAAUCGAGCUGAUGUGAAUCCUUAUUCUAUAUGUCAGAGGUAUGUUUGUUCUACACAGGCUAUUUCUAUCCGAACGUUACAAAACAUUGUCAGGCUUUUGUCGUUUAUUUUGAUGCUUUAACAUGUGGAGAACACUGUUUACAGGGGUAGAAUGUUUUCCUAUUGGCUCUGUGUCCGUUCAGGUCACAUUGCUCUGGUUGCUGAUUGGUCCAUUUGAGCAUGGUCGUCUUGACCAUCUGCGGUCCAACCAGAAUGUUCCACUGGGGUUGUGUUCAAAUAGAGGGCUGCGUUCAGUAUGAAUUUAGUGUAAAGCUCAAUGAAACAGUGCUGUACUGAACGACCAGUUGAGAAAAGGAGAGCGGUUGGAGGUUAAAUGUACAGCCGCCCUUUUUAAAUAAUUAACAUAUUGCUUCAAGUCACACUCACCAAAUGAAGUAAAUGUACCUUAGUCUGUUCAAGAACGUUUUGGGGAAAGGUGUUGUUCAGUACAAACUGUUACGCAAUGUAGCAAACGUUCAAUUGAACUGAACGCACCCCAACAAUACACAAGGUCAGUUGUCUUUAUGUUUGAAGUUAUUAUUUUUAUCCUGUUAUUCAUUUACCCUUGAAUAUCAAUGUAUUUAUUAUUAUUUUUUAACUUAAAAAAAAAAAAAUGAAUUUAGCGUUUUACUUCAUUUUAAUGAAUCAUGAUUGUUUUAAUGAAAUGAUUGCAAUGCAUAUUGGGUAUUUUGGAAAGAGUGGCUUUUUUUAAAUUGUGUUUGUUCAUGUUGUCAUUGGUGCAAAUUACAAAUGCAAUACUGUAUAUAGCCUACCGUCCUUGUGUUACUAAUGAACAUUUGGAAAAUAAAAUGUAACUGGACAAUG